AUGGCGAGUCGGGCUGUGCGGGGCCAGCCGGGAAAGCCCAAAUGCCACCUGCUGGUCUUUCUGAUAAGCCUCAUCCUGAUCUUGCUUGGCUACGGGUUUCUGCGCUUCAGACGCCUGAUGCUAGAAGACAUGGAAGUGAAGCCUAGUAUGGCUGUUAGAGACCCCGAUGGCUGGCAAGUGGUCGCCUUGCCCAGCAUGGCGUAUCCCCAGCCUGAGGCACUGACUCCCUCGAGAAGUGACGUCCUUGUGGUGACCCCGUGGCUGGCUCCCAUCAUCUGGGAUGGGACAUUCAACAUCGCCCUCUUGAAUGAGCAGUUCCGGUUGCAGAACAUGACUGUUGGGUUGACUGUGUUUGCCGUGAAGAAGUACAUGGUCUUCCUGAAGAGGUUCCUAGAGUCGGCAGAACAGCAUUUCAUGGUGGGACACCGCGUCACCUACUAUGUCUUCACCGACUGGCCGGCCAACGUGUCUCGAGUGCCGCUCGGGGAGGGCCGGCAGCUGGUGGUGCUCUCUGUGCGUAGCCAUGCCCGCUGGCAGGACGUGUCCAUGCACCGUAUGGAGGCGAUCAGCAUCUUCUCUCAGCAGCGCUUUCGCCACGAGGUGGAUUACCUGGUGUGCGCUGAUGUGGACAUGGUCUUCUGGGACCAUGUUGGGGUGGAGAUCCUCACCCCACUCUUUGGCACCCUGCACCCUAGAUUCUACUCAGCCCGCCGCAAGGCCUUCACCUACGAGCGUCGGUGGAAGUCCCAGGCAUAUAUCCCCUGGGACAGGGGUGAUUUCUACUACAUUGGAGCCUUCUUUGGGGGCUCGGUGGCCGAGGUGCAGCAGCUCGCCAGUGCCUGUCACCAGGCCAUUGUGAUUGACAAGGCCAAUGGCAUCGAGGCCGUGUGGCAUGACGAGAGCCACCUGAACAAGUACCUACUGCACCACAAGCCCACCAAGGUGCUGUCCCCAGAGUACCUGUGGGGUGAUUGGCUACUGGACUGGCCCUCCGUCCUAAAGAAACUGAGGCUUCUGACUGUGCCCAAGGAUAACCAGAAAAUGCGAAACCCAUGA